AUGCCUUCGAACGAUCAGUACGGAAAACGCCUUGCAGUCAACUACAUCGACCAAACCGCUCGAAGCGAUCCGACCAGUACAGCGGUGUAUCAGACCAUUACAGUGGGCUCAAGCACACAAACGCAUACAGUGACGUAUAGCAACCUCGCCAACAUCAUCAACAACCUCGCCAGGUGGCUGGACGAGCUCACACCAGUGACAGAGGAGCACACGCGGACCAUUGGAUAUCUUACUGCACUGAAACAUGCGCAAACAGGAUACGGCAAGGGCAAGCUGAUAGCCAGCCUUCUGCUCCAUCGAGCCGGAGAACUCGCCGGCGUGCGAGGAUCGAUCUGCCGUCUGGGCCAAAUCGCCGGACCGGUGGACUCAGCAGGUGUAUGGCCUCGUCGGGACUGGUUCCCGUCGCUUCUCGACAGCUCCCAGGCCAUCGGGUAUCUACCGGACUCUCUAGGGGCGCAGGAUAGUCUCACCUGGAUUCCGGUUGAUAUCCUGGCAGAGUUGAUAGCCGAUCUCGCGCUGACGGGAGAAAGGAGCGGAGAGACGACGUCUUACUACCAUUUCGUCAAUCCACAGUCGGCCAAGUGGGCGGAUAUGGCACCGAGCGUGAUUGCUCAGCUGCAAGGGGAGUGCACAAUGACAAGCUUGUCUGAGUGGGUGAGGAGGCUCGAGGAUCAUGCGGCCAGAGCAGCGAGCUCUGAGACGCAGCCUUCAUCGGGGGUGAAGUUGAUUGGCUUUUACAAGUCGCUUCAAAGCCGUCCGCUGGAUUUGGAGACCUGUCAGACUCAGGAUGUGAUUCCUCGGCUUGGGAGUAUAACCGCUGUGAAUGAGGAGUGGAUGCGAGCAUGGCUGAGACAAUGGGCUCAUCCAGAAUAAGAUGGAGAUGACAGGCCGUGAGCUAGGAACUAUUUUUUGAGACUGUCCAUGGGUAGCCACUUUCGGGGCUUGGUUGAAGUGUAUUUUCAUACUCAUGAACCCAUAUUGCACGGUCUCAACCCCAUCUAUCGACCUUUCUGAGUAAUACGGCCUGACUCACAGGUAUACGCGAUGCCCGGCUUGAAUUCGCUGAUACUUCUCGAACAACCAGCUGGCGGGGUUAUACUGCGUACAACGUAGAUUUCACAUGACUCAGCGCUAGUGCAACGAUGGCUUUCUUGUGCCCAAAUUUGGGCGUCCUA